AUGUGCCUGGUCGGGGUGCCAUACUACGUAUGCGCCUUCUCCAUGUUCGACUUGCAGGUGCGGUACUACGUGCGCUCGAUGAACGGCACUUUCCAGCUGCCGAGCAGCGAGCAGAUGAUGCUGCACUGGCAGCGCGAGAUGGCGGAGAGGGCGGCGCGGGGCUACACGCGCCGCCAGGCGCACAUGAUGGGCCCCGACCAGCCAUCCCAGCUAGAGGGCAGCACGUGGCGAUGGCAGGGUAGGUCGGUGAGCUGGUGCCCCGGCGGGCAGGGCGCGUACUACGCGGCGUUGGCCCGCGAGAGCGCGGCGGCGCCGCUGCCGCCCGUGCUGGCGCGCCUGCACGGCCACAGCAGCCGCCGCUUCCUGCACCACCUCGCGCAGUUCCGCGCCGACCGCUACCGCAUCCUCGACGCGGACUCCUUCGUCUGCCACCAGAUCUCCGAC